AAAUAUAAAAUACCCAUUGACACACUGACUUUUGAUCAUCAGGUUUUGGAUGUUGAUCAUCGGGAUCAACCCCCAGAUGAUGGUGUCUACAUAAAUGGUCUGUUUCUGGAAGGUGCCCGUUGGAAUUGGCAAGAACGUAUUUUAGAUGAACAGCUACCAAAGGUUUUAAUCUAUCCCAUGCCGGCGAUUUAUCUCAUCCCCACCACAAUUUAUGACCUCAAGGAGGGGAAUCGUUAUAAAAGUCCCCUCUAUAAGACUGCCGAACGUAAAGGAACUCUAUCGACGACCGGUCAUUCAACGAAUUAUGUUAUACCAGUAUUUUUGAAUACGAAAAUCAAGCCAUCACAUUGGGUAAAACGUAGUGCUGCCCUGAUAUGUCAAACCAGUGAUUAGAAAAAGAGAC